AAAACUUAAGAGAUAAGCUUUUGCUACAAUCUCAUCUUUUCUCGUGGCUCACUCAUCUUCACACAACAGCUCUAUAUAACCCACCCUCUCUAUCAUAAUAGAAAGAUAGUGAGAGAGGGACUAGAGAGAACUGAUCACUAAUGGAGAUAACAACGACCUUCUCUGUUUGGUUUACUCUUAUGAUUUUCUUGGGAAUCUCUAUCAAUGGAGGCUUAUCUCAAGGACAACAACAUCUUGUGAAGAAGACACGUUCUCCUGCAGUUGUAGUAGGAACUGUCUACUGUGACACUUGUUUCAACGGUGCCUUUUCGAAAUCACACAACCACUUAAUCCCAGGUGCUGUAGUUGCAGUGGAAUGUAUUGACGAGAACUCUAAACCUAGUUUCAGACAAGAAGUGAAAACAGACGAACACGGCCAAUUCAAAGCAAAGCUACCCUUCACUGUAAGCAAACAUGUGAAGAAGAUCAAGAGAUGUUCAGUGAAGCUGCUUAGUAGCUCACAGCCUUACUGUUCAAUAGCUGCUUCCGCAACUUCUUCAUCUCUCAAACGCCUCAAAUCGAACAAACACGGGGAAAACACUAGGGUUUUCUCUGCAGGGUUCUUCACUUUCAAACCAGAGAAUCAACCAGAGAUCUGUAGCCAGAAACCUAUCAACAACCUCCGUGAAUCCAAGCCUCUUUUACCGGAUCCUGCUUUCCCUCCACCGAUCCAAGACCCGGUUCCAAACAAUCCUUCCCCUCUCCCAACUCUUCCCAUUCCUAACUUGCCUCUUCCUCCUCUUCUUCCUCCAGGACCACCACCACAGAAACAAGCUUCCUUGCAUAACAAGAAAGAAGGUUCCUUGGAUGACAAGAAAACCGAAGUACUAAAACCUGAUUUUUUCUUCUUCCCUCCAAAUCCGGUUACGCCUCUCCUCCCUCCCAACCCGCUUAACCCGCCUGUCCUCCCACCAAACCCGCUAAACCCGCCGGGUCUCAUCCCUCCAAACCCGCUAAUUCCUUCUCCACCAACUCUUCCUCUCCCUCCUCUACCGUUUCAACCUCCUCCUUCUACGUUGCUCCCUCCUCUUCCGCCGAUUCCUACUCUUCCGCCUGUUCCGGUCAUAACUCCGCCUUCACCACCGCCACCUGCUACUUUCCCUAUUCCUCUCCCUCCUCUCUUCCCUGGAGUCCCUCCAGCUUCAUCUUCCUUCUCUAGUAAACAUCAGCCGUAGUUUUAAAAGUCCUUUUGAAUUCCAAUCAUGUAAUCUAUAUGUAUCAUCCUUCUCUUUUUUUUUUACUCGGCAUUUUCACUUGUUGGCUUGUUGUGAUUUCAAUAAAUAUUAUUACUAAUGAGUUUCAUAUUAUGGUUUUUAAUCACUGUCUAAUCCUCAACUACGUCCAGCAACAUAAAACAGUGUAAACUUUAAUAAUUCAUCAAAAGCAGAUUUG